GCUCAGGAUCCUCUCCACCCUGCCAACUUGAUCUGUGAACUUUGCCGAAACUUUUACUCGCUUGGUUGGGUGACUGGUACUGGUGGCGGAAUCUCGAUAAGGCAUGAGAAUCAUGUUUUUAUCGCUCCAUCGGGUGUGCAAAAGGAACGCAUCCAACCCCAUGAUAUAUUUGUCCUGGAUAGGCAAAACCGAACCCAACUCAGAAGGCCUUUGAAACCUUUGAAGCAAUCCGCAUGCACGCCACUUUUCUACAAUGCCUAUGACCUAAGAAACGCCGGUGCCUGUAUUCAUACCCAUAGCCAGCACGCUGUCAUGGCUACUCUUCUUUGGCCUGGAAAAGAAUUCCGUUGCAGCCAUUUGGAGAUGAUCAAAGGCAUGAGGCUCAAAGGCACUGACAAAGCCAUGAGCUACCUCGAUACUUUGGUGAUCCCGAUCAUCGAAAACACGCCAGACGAAGAAGACCUUCGAGAAGGCAUGGAGCAAGCUAUGCGCGAAUAUCCGGACGCUCCGGCGGUCUUGGUUCGAAGACACGGCACAUACUCUUGGGGAAAAGACUGGGAACAAGCUAAGUGUCAAGCGGAAUGUCUUGACUACUUGUUGGAAAUUGCAGUCAAGAUGAGGCUUGCUGGACUGGACAUCGACUUGAAUGAGUCAAAGACAGCAUCACCCUGA